AAGACCACGUGCUUUAUUUGUGUAUUAAAAAUGUAGGUCAAUAGUGCAAUACAUACAGGAAAUGCUUAGCAGCAACAUGACAUAACAAUGAAUACCCAAAUUGAUAUGACCUUGGAGGUCAUCUAGCCAACUCCAUGUCAGAUCAUCCCAACCAUGUCAUCAGUUUCAUCAUUUGCAAUGUGCAUUGUGAAAUGAUUACAUCUGGCCAAUUUUCAGGAAAAAGUAAUUUACCAAUAUGGCAUUUCCCAUCAUCAUCUCUAUUUUGGUGUUUCUACAGACGGUUGAAAAUGUUGGAUCUACACCUUGUUUCACGAAUGUGACAUCCUGUGAAUCUCUAUCAAAUACCACCACUUCCACGUGUUUGGGGACAGUGCUGUCACAAGCUGGGGUCACCCAAACCUCCUUUAUUUUUGCCAAUGAUUCUUUAACACUUGAUGAAGUCAAUGAGAAGCUGAAGUUAUGGAGUGGUCUGAGAGCAGCUCCUAAAUGUUGGGAAGUCAUUCAACCUUUUUUGUGUUCUGUGUAUAUGCCAAAGUGUGAUAGCGCUUCACUUUCUGUAGAAAGACCUACAAGAGAAUUGUGUCUGAAAACGCGGGCUCCAUGUGACAUUGUAAGGAAGAUCAGCGGCUGGCCUCUUUUUCUGGAUUGUGAUCAGGAUAUAUUUUCAACUUGCACGAGUCACACAUAUGAAGGAGUCCAUUUCAAUACCACUGGGCAGUGUAAUGCACCACUGGUCAAAACGGAGAACCAGAAGAGUUGGUACAGUGAGGUGGAAGGGUGUGGAAUCCAGUGCCAGAAUCCACUCUUCACUGAGGAGGAGCAUGAGGAGGUCCACAUUGUUAUUGCUGUGUUUGGUUCCCUCUGUAUCGUCUGUACUCUUUUUACCAUGCUGACCUUCAUCAUUGAUUGGAAAACAGCAAGUCGUUACCCCGCCCUCAUCCUUUUCUUCAUCAAUGCCUGCUUCUUUCUGGGCAGUAUUGGUUGGAUGGCUCAGUUCUCUGGCAGUGCACGGACGGACAUUGUGUGUAAGGCAGAUGGUACAGUACGUAAGGGGGAGCCUGAACUAGGAAAUGGAGAGACUGCAUCUUGUACCAUUGUGUUUAUAUUGGUUUACUACUUCAUGAUGGCUGGUGCUGUUUGGUUUGUGAUGCUGGCCUUUGCCUGGUACCUGACCUUCAGAGCACUUGGAACACAGAGGGAUGAUCUCAAAAACAAAACUUCCUACUUCCAUAUUGCUAGCUGGUGUAUUCCACUGGUGCUUACCAUCGUCUGUUUGUCAGUAUCAGAGAUUGAUGGUGAUUCACUCAGUGGUAUAUGCUUUGUUGGGGCCUUUAACAAUGGCUACAGAGGAGGCUUCGUCCUGGCCCCCAUUGGUCUCAUACUAAUUAUUGGACUUGUCUAUCUCACAUUAGUUUUGAAAACAUUAAUAAAGCUGCAAAAAGAUUCUCCAGAUUACAUAAGUAUCAAAGCGCUGUCCAAAAUAAAGGAAACUAUCAUCAGAUUAGGUAUCUUUACUUUAUUGGAUUUCUUGUUUGUUGUGAUUACAUUUGCUGUACAUAUCUACAUCUUCACUAAUGAACAAAGCUGGUCUGAAAGUUUUAAAGAGUAUAUCUACUGUCAAGGCAAUGCUACCGUGGCACAGAUUGUUUCCAAUGGCACGUCCCCCUCCUGUCAGCUGUCUGACCGACCCAGCGUCGUGGCCUACGGAUUCCAUAUUUUUGCCUUUUUUGGGGCAGGGAUAACAAUGAGUAGCUGGUCCUGGACCAAAGCCUCCCUCCUUGCCUGGGAAAGAUUUCUUAGAAAAGUUUUUAGGAAGCCUUCAAACAAACCAAUCAAACUGAAGAAACACAAGGUAAUAGCUAAGGCUUUUGAGAAGAGGAAAGAGCUGAACAAUGGCCGACUAUCUAUCAGCUUUGCUAGCACCCAUGAUGAUCCACUUGGAAUGAAGUUUGACCUGAACAGCAUGAGUUCUAACAACAGCAUGUCUUCAGACUUCCGAGCAGCCAUGCCAAAGCUGGUUAAGAGAAGGGGGGGUAUGAUGCACCCCACUGCUGGCACGCUCAGGAAAUACUCAGACUCAGAUAUAGGAUCUGCAGCCUCAAAGAUGGCUUCCAGGAGACACUCUAUAGACUCACAGAUCAGUGCAGCACAGGGCCAGUUCAGAAUGAGUGAUGAUGAUAUGGAGGUUGAAUAUGCAAAGGCUAGAAAAAGAAGCAAGGCAAAGAAGAAGAAAAAGGCCAGAAAAUUGAAGAGGAAUAGGAUAUUGCCUGUUCUGGGACCAAUCUCAAAUGCCAUGUCAUCUGCAGCUUAUGGUGGCAGACGAGCAGGCAGGCAUGGCAGAAGAGGUAGUGGGAAUUCCUCUGCUAGUCGAGCUUCAGCUCAUGGUGUAGAUAUAGAUGUGGAGAAGAAUAGCAUGGAAGCUGUCUCAAUUACUUCAUAUUCUCAUCAGAACAGUCUUGAUGCAGUAACCCUGCCAGAGCCACCCAAACGUCUUGGCAAAAUGACAAAUUUCUCAAUAUUUGCUGCUAGUGCAUACAUGGGUGAACUUAAUGCUAAAUUGAAAGAAUUGGAAAGUACAGACAAAAGUGAAAGAGAGUCAAUUAGAUCAUGGGGUGACAGGAAACGGAGAAAGACAGAGACAGGUUCAGUCAGUGGUUAUGUAACAUCCGAAACAGAAGAGCCCAGCACCAGUGGCUUAGUUAGAUUAAGUAGCAGAAGACAUGGUAGCAGCAGAAGAUCAGAAAGUGGUAGUAUAUGUCAUCAAAGUACAAGCACAAGGCAUGACAGUGCAAGUAAACGUGAGGAGAGUAGAAGCAAAAGACAAAGCACUGCAAGUGGACAAAGUAGUGAAAACCAAAAACAAGAGAACACCAGUAAGAGACAAGACGGUGAGAGCAGAAGGCAUAACAGUGCAAACAGAAGGCAAGAUGGGGAAAGCAGACGUCAUGAUAGUGUAAGCAGAAGACAGGACAGUACAAGCAGACGUCAUGAUAGUGCAAGUAAAAGACAAGACAGUACGAAUAGCAGGCAAAAUAGUGCAAGUGGUUAUAUGCGAAGUCGAUCAAAAGAUGUCACUUUGGAAAUGGCAGAAAUGUUUUACAGGCAGCAUCGACAGGCUAAUUCAGCCACCAGCAGAAACAGUGGUCGCCAGGGGUCGGCCAGAUCCACUAGAACAUCCUCAGCCAAGUCAGAAAGGUCUUUUACUAGGCAGCUUCCAGGGGAAACAACUGCUGUUGAAAUUGAAGAUAUUCAUGACCCUUAUACCUCAUCUAGUUGAAAUCUACAGAAUCCUGCCAAUUUAUUUUAAGCUCACCUAAGCUGAAGGCUCAGCGGAGCUUUUCUGAUCAGAUUUGUCUGGUGUCUGGCAUUUUUAUACUUUUCACUUGGAAGAAGUAUUGCUGAUAUACUGAAGAUUAAAGUUUAUUUAUACCAUAAUCCCAAGGGUACUCGUGGGGCUACAAUAAGGUUCAAAGUUUAACAUUGGUUAUAAUUUGAAAGUCUUGUUCUCAAGAACCACAAGAGUUCAGAUGCAAGCAUCCCCAUGUUGUUUUAUAUUCUUACCAUAAUCUCUGGAGCCAUGAUGUGGACACGUUAAGGGUUCAAAGUAUAACAUUGGUUAUAUAUGGGGAAAAUCUUUGAUAUCUUUAUUAUAUUAUCAGCAAAUGUCCUAAUGUUUUAUUAGGUUUGUUGAUACCAUGACCCCCAGGGCCACAACAGGAGUUCAGAGUAUAGCAUUGGUUAUAUUUCUAAAACCAUCUUUGACAGGUUUUUAUGAAGAAUCGCAAGAGAACAGAUUGUUGAGUUAACAUGCGAGCAUCUUCACGUAUUGUAAGUUAAGUCUCAGGGCGGCGCCACAAUAAGUGUUCAAAAUACAUGUAUAGUUAUAAAAGGGAAAAUGUUUGAAAAAAAGUUCUCAAGACCCACAAGGUUAAAAAUUGUUUUUUUGCAAGCAUCAUUUGCAUAUAGUGUAAUUUCAGACCCCAAGAAACCAGGGCAAUAGGGGUUUAGAGUUUCAUAUUGGUUACAUAUUUUGAAUUAAAAUCUUUUCAAAGUGUACAAGUUUCCAUAAUUGUUAAAUUGAACCACAUGAAGUCAUGUCUGACAUUUUGCUCCAGAUGUCUUCGUGCCCAGGUGAGCAAUGUGGCCCACGGGUCUCUUGCUUUUUAAUGUGCAGUCGCCUUAUCUCCGUGUCAUAGAUAUAUAUGUAAUUUAAUCCUUGUAAAUGAUUCUAUGGUAAUGCAGUAUUUAAUUCAAUUUGGUAUUGCAAUAUACUUUUCUUUCCUCUCAAAAUACAGUAUUAAAACUGAUUUUGCAAGCAAGCUUUCGAUACAUGUAUCAACACUUCAUGCAAGUUACGUCCCUUGUCCGCCAUCUCCUGGUGAAAAAAUGUAUUUCCCUAUGUUGGCCUUUGUGAUUUUCUGAUCUGUAGCUUUGACAUUUGUUAUUUUGCCAUCAAUUGCAGUCAAUUACAAUAAUGCCCCAAGUUGGGGCAACUCAUUAAAGUAAUAUAAGUAUGAAAGCUUGAUAAUUAGCUAAAAUCCACAGUAAUAACCUCUUGCUUUGGGUAAGGUAAAGAAGGAAAACAAAACUUGGCUUUUCACCAAUUGACCUUUGGCUGGCCCCACAAAGGGAUAUAACUCAUGGCCGAAGUGUUGAUACUGUAUUGAGACAGAAGUUUUUAAUAAUAACACAUGGCAGAAAUUUCUUCAAUUCAAUAUCCAGCAAUUUGCAUGAAAUCUGUUUCAUUACUGAUUGAUAAGCUUUGUAUUACUUUAACUGUAGAAUCACUUGUUUUGUGUGGUGAAUUUUUUGUGGAAAAUGAAAAGCCUGUUUGUGAGGACCAGAUUUUAGGGUUGAAGAGUUAUUCCUUUUUGUCGUUCAGUUAAAUUUAUGGAGGAAUUGGUGGAUAUAUAUCGCAAAUUAAUGCCAUGAGAAUUAAUGAUAUACAGUAUAAAGAGUGUUGUUAUACAGAGAAAACUACCACUUCUAAUACUUACGUUUAGUUGUAGUGUACAUAAUGAAUCUCAUUACUUAGUCACAGAAGAAUCUCUUUCAUGCUGUAUUAGCAUAAUAAAAUAUUCAUUUUCAGCAAAGCACAUAAGCAUUUUAUAAUACUUAUUAGACCUCGUUUAUGUGGUAGUAUAUUUUGUUGGUUUGUUUACUGUUACUUUUAUAGAUAACUGCAUUAUUUGUGUGAAACGAUGUUAAUAAGAUUAUUAUAAUUUUUUCUUUGCUUUUAGCUAAUACGUUAAUUGUUAGUUUGAUUUGUUUACAUGGAUAUGUUCACCUGACUACCUGGAUUUUAAAACUGCCUAAAAUUGUACUCUUCUUUUGUUUGUAUUUCAUUACCAGUACUAGUAUUUAAUGCAAUUGAAUUUAAUUACAACAAAAAUAUAUUACAUAAAGCAUAUCACUUCUGGGUACACAUUUAAUGUAUUGAUAACAUUCUGGGUACACAUUUAAUGUAUUGAUAACAGGAUAGGUGUGAACAGUUGAAGUAGAUAUAUACUGUUAUGUUCUGUUCUAGGUGUACAAUGCUAUAUUGUAUGUCGGAGGUUGUAAAAUUUAUUAGUUGUUUUUAUAGAACUUUGAGUAGGUUGUGUCUUGGAAUAUUUUUUAAUGUUUAGCUCAAGUAAGCUCUUCUGAUCAAAAUGUGUCUGGCACGUAGCAUAUCUGUAAAUGUUAAAAUGUGUCUGGCACGUAGCAUAUCUGUAAAUGUUUUGCAUUUCUAACGGGGCCAGUGUUUUGCAUUUUUCCCAAGAAACACUCGGAUUCAGAUUGUCAAAUUUAUGUGCAAGCAUAUCCAUGUAGCAUAGUUUCAGGUUUGUAAUACCAUAGCUCCCAGGCCAAGGUUGGGGCCACAAUAGGGGUUAAAAGUUUAACAUUGGUUGUAUAUUUAAAAGUUUUCUGAAGAACCAUUAAGGUAUAGAUUGUCAGAUUGAUAUGCAAGCAUCCUUAUAUAGUGUUAUUUUAGGGUAUCAAAUUUGAUCAUUGCUUUAUAUGUUCCAAAUUAUAUUCUUCCUGUAAACCAAAAUGGUACAAGUGGUAAAAUCAAUGUGCAAGUGCUGGUAUUGUAGUAUGACUGCUGGGACCAGGGAAGGUGAAAAUUCAUAAGAUACUCGGAGGUUUUGAAUUGAUACACGAGCAACCUCAUGUUGCAUAGACAAAUUUGUUUGCUUUAUGCCUCUUAAUGUUCAGGUGAGUGGUGGGGACCUUUUGUUGUUAGUGAUUUAAUAGAAUAAUUAUCAUAAAAUACUUUACUGUAAUGUUUUUAUUGGUUGUGUGCUUUUUUUAUCAGCAAAUUACAUAUUGCAACCAUUUUUCAUUGUGUUGCACCAAUGUUCACAUGUAUUAAUAUCCUGUAGUUUGUAUUGGUAGAGUUUAAACACAAUGGAAGAAAUUUGGACAAUUUCAUCAUUGUUCCCAUUGUUUUAUACCCUUACAAUCAAACCAUACAUUUUACCAAUGUAUUUUGUAAUUUAAGAUAUAGAUUUUCAUUCUCCAAAUAUAUUGACGUGCAAAAGAAAUGCAACCUCCAAUUUUUAGUUAUACUUUUAUCAUUUCAUUCAGAUAUAUUGUUUAAUUUUUACAACUACUGGUAAUAGAAGAAACACAUCUAUUCUCUAAAUGCAGUAAAUUUAGUGUUAGCCCUAAUCGCUUUGACAAAAAAUGUCAAGACUGGAGAGGUGGUAGCCUUUGAAAUUUUCAUACUUCAACAAUGAAUAUUUCCCAUUACUAGAAUUCUGUGAUGCAUAGAGUUCGUGACACGAUUUGUUUGUUUACAGAGUUCAUGACACCAUUUGUUUGUUUACAGAGUUCAUGACACGGUUUGUUUGUAGAGUUAGUGACACGGUUUGUUUGUGUAUAGAGUUCGUGAUGCGGUUUGUUUGUGUAUAGAGUUUGUGACAUGGUUUGUUUGUGUAUAGAGUUUGUGAUGCGGUUUGUUUGUAGAGUUAGUGACACGGUUUGUUUGUGUAUAGAGUUUGUGACACAGUUUGUUUGUGUAUAGAGUUCAUGAUGCGGUUUGUUUGUGUAUAGAGUUUGUGACACGGUUUGUUUGUGUAUAGAGUUAGUGACACGGUUUGUUUGUGUAUAGAGUUUGUGACACAGUUUGUUUGUGUAUAGAGUUAGUGACAUGGUUUGUUUGCAUGAGUUUGUGACAUGGUUUGUUUGUGUAUAGAGUUAGUGACAUGGUGUAUAGAGUUAGUGACAUGGUUUGUUUGUAGAGUUUGUGACACGGUUUGUUUGUGUAUAAAGUUAGUGACACGGUUUGUUUGUGUAUAGAGUUAGUGACACGGUUUGUUUGUGUAUAGAGUUUGUGACACAGUUUGUUUGUGUAUAGAGUUAGUGACAUGGUUUGUUUGCAUGAGUUUGUGACAUGGUUUGUGUAUAGAGUUAGUGACAUGGUUUGUUUGUGUAUAGAGUUUGUGACACGAUUUGUUUGUGUGUAUAUAGGAACGGAGACGCCUCAGCACAGUACCUCCGCAUAUUCUUGGAUGAUGUGUCCCUGGUGUCUCGCUUGCAUUUUGUUGUGCAGUUCUAAACCGGUUUUUCAACUGCAGUAUCUCAUUAAAUGAUCAUGACGAGGCAUUGUGACCUUCGGUCAGCCAGAUCGAGGGCCUUUGACAUUUGUAGCAGUCAGUCUAAGGUGUUUGUAGAGAUGAGAUAUUGUGCUUUUUUGGACAUUCUGAGCUUUUGUCACAGCGUUUUGGGUUUUUCCAACCAACAGUUGUAACUGCACUGUGCAUCAUUAGUUAGCCUAGGCAUCAUUUAAGCAAUACGAGAAACAAACAAUGUCAGACUAUUCUUUACCAGAUACCUGAAGAUAACAAACAGACUUGAGACACAAGAAAUGCUGUCACAUAUAUCAGUGCUAAUCCGGACAUGUCUCGCAGACACAAGGUGUGACCGAGUUCAGUCAGCUGUGGAUUUCUUGAGAGGGUGUAAUAUGAUAAGCAAUUCAAAAUUAUUUAAACGUUUGAUUGGGGUUGCUUUUCUUUUGCAUGUCAGUAUAUGUGACAAAUUUAGUUAUUUCAACUGCAACAUAUCAAGAAUGAUGAUACAACGAAAUAGACAUAUACAUUUUCAAAAGAAAAAAACCCACACACAUUACUGUUGUAUAGGUCAUAGCUACAGUAGACAUGUAAAGUGAUAUUUGGCUAUGUAGAUGCUUAAAUAGAAUUUACUGUAAAAUGUGAUGAAAGUGCCAAUUCUUGAUUUUGAAUAUUAUAUGAAUACCAUGAUUGAGUUCCAGUGAGGUAAUCAUGUUAUUGGUGUUUAUACUUGUAGGAGUAUCUCGCACUUUGGUUUACAUUGUAACUAUGCAUUGUUCUGGUCAUUGUGUGACUUAAUCGUUCUACUCAUGAAACAGUUUGAUAUUAUGAAUGUUUUGGCAUAAUCAUUUGACACUUUUCAUUUAACACGGAUUUCAUUAAGUAUCAUGAAUUGUGUAACAACAACUAGUCGUUAAAACCUUUUAAAUAAUUGAAUUCAGUGUCUUCCAACAAAAGUGCUUCAUUGAUGAUCAGUGCCAUGUUCUAGACUGGGUUAUUUUUACCUCCAGUAGAAUCUCCAUUUUAUUAUGACAUUUUAUGACAGCUGAUUUAUAGAUAAUUUUCAGGAUGUUUUUUCCCUGCUAAAUGUUUUUAAGCAUUGAUGUGUAUAAAAAGCAUUAGCCCAUUGUACCAUAGUUUUAAUGUUGUUUUUUCUCUUUUAAAAUUGAUAUCUUCGAUUUACAUAUUUUUUUUUGUUAUGGCCACACAUUCUUGUAUGCAUAGAUUUAAUGAAUAGUGCAAACUUUUAGUUAUAGAAUGCAACGUAUAAAGAUAAAUCCUCAAAUGUCAUUUUUGUUAUUACAAUGUAAAUGUAUGGCAUAGACUUUUUUGUAGAAAAAAGUAGUCUUAGAGCUGCAUAAAAUAAAGAUUCUUUUUUAACAUAA